CCGCGUGGUUUUUCCCGCCAGUCGGACCAGGCGGUUGAGGCGGCCGCUAGCAUGCUGCGCCAGCUCACCGUCGACCAGAUCAAUGACUGGUUCACCAUCGGCAAGACCGUGACCAAUGUGGAGCUGCUGGGCUCGCCGCCAGCCUUCCCCUCUGAGGUGGCCAGGGAGGAGACGCAGUGCAAGGAGGCGCCCCCGUCCCCCACUUCUGCUUCUACCCCGCGGGGCCUCCGGAGGUCCCUCAGCGAGAGGAGUUCAGAGGUAGACUAUAUUGACAAAUACAGACAACUUGAAGCACAAGAAUUUGACAGGUAUGGCCGUGAUCAACCAACAGGUGGGCAAGGUCCAAGACCAUCUUCAACUAAAUUAAGCAAUGUGACAUGUAUCCCAGAGACAACUUACAAAUAUCCUGAUUUGCCUAUAAAUCGAUGUAAGGAAGAGGUUAUUUCUUUGAUAGAAAGCAACUCUGUGGUCAUUAUCCAUGGUACCACCGGAAGUGGCAAGAGUACUCAACUCCCACAGUAUAUCUUGGAUCAUUACAUCCAGCGCUCCGCCUACUGCAACAUUGUGGUUACUCAGCCUCGGAAGAUAGGGGCCAGCAGCAUUGCCAGGUGGAUCAGUAAGGAGCGCUCAUGGGCCCUGGGUGGCCUGGUGGGCUACCAGGUAGGGCUGGAGAAGAUAGCAACAGAAGACACCAGAUUAAUUUACAUGACCACUGGAGUCCUGCUUCAGAAAAUAGUCAGUGCCAAGAGUCUGAUGGAAUUCACGCAUAUCUUCAUUGACGAAGUGCAUGAGCGAACUGAAGAAAUGGAUUUCUUGUUGUUGGUAGUCCGCAAACUUUUAAGAACAAAUUCACGUUUUGUGAAGGUAGUCUUGAUGUCAGCCACCAUCAACUGUAAAGAAUUUGCAGACUAUUUUGCUGUCCCUGUUCAGAACAAGAUGAAUCCUGCAUAUGUUUUUGAAGUGGAAGGCAUGCCCCAUUCGAUUGAAGAGUACUAUCUUAAUGACUUGGAGCACAUUUAUCAUAAUGGGCUCUCUCCCUGUCUCCUGGAGGAGCCAGCGAUAACGAAGGGCAUCUAUGAAGUUGCUGUCUCCCUCAUCCAGAUGUUUGAUGACUUGGAGGUGAAGGAGAGUGGGAACAAGACAUCAAGGCCCCUAUCUGUGUCAGAGAGGAGCAGUGUGUUGGUGUUUUUGCCAGGUCUAGGUGAAAUCAACUAUAUGCACGGACUUCUCACAAACAUGGUUCACAAAAGGUUACAAGUCUAUCCACUCCAUUCCAGUGUGACUUUAGAAGAACAAAAUAAUAUAUUUUUAAGUCCGGUCCCUGGCUACAGAAAGAUCAUUCUGUCCACCAACAUUGCAGAGAGUUCUGUCACCGUUCCGGAUGUUAAGUAUGUUAUAGAUUUUUGUCUGACUAGAACCCUGGUUUGUGAUGAAGAUACCAAUUACCAGAGUCUGCGAUUGAGUUGGGCCUCCAAGACCAGUUGUAACCAGAGGAAAGGCCGCGCAGGACGAGUGUCCAGAGGGCACUGUUACAGACUGGUGUCCCGGGAUUUCUGGGAGAAGUGCAUCCCCGACCAUGUCGUUCCAGAGAUGUUGCGCUGUCCACUAGGAAGCACAGUACUCAAAGUGAAGUUACUUGACAUGGGUGAGCCGAGAGCUCUGCUAGCCACUGCCCUCUCGCCGCCUAGCCUGAGUGACAUUGAGCGCACCAUCCUCCUGCUGAAGGAGGUGGGAGCACUUGCAGUUAGUGGGCAGAGAGAAGAUGAGAACCCGCAUGAUGGCGAACUGACCUUCUUGGGAAGAGUAUUGGCACAGCUCCCUGUCAGUCAGCACCUGGGCAAACUCAUAGUGCUCGGACAUGUGUUCGGAUGCUUGGAUGAAUGUCUCAUCAUUGCCGCAGCUCUUUCACUGAAGAACUUUUUUGCGAUGCCUUUUCGGCAGCAUCUCGAUGGAUAUAGGAACAAGGUGAACUUCUCUGGCAGCAGUAACAGUGACUGCCUCGCACUUGUGGAGGCAUUUAAAAUGUGGCAGGCCUGUCGACAGCGAGGAGAGCUGCGGCAUCCCAAGGAUGAACUCGACUGGGGACGAUUAAAUUACAUUCAAAUCAAGAGAAUUAGAGAGGUGGCUGAGCUAUAUGAAGAGCUGAAGAGCAGAGUCUCACAGUUCAACAUGCAUGUGGACCCGAGGCAGCCCAUCUUGGACCCAGAGUACCCGUAUAAGCAGCGCUUUAUCCUGCAGGUCGUAUUGGCAGGUGCUUUUUACCCAAAUUACUUCACCUUUGGACAGCCUGACGAGGAGAUGGCAGUGAGGGAGCUGGCUGGCAAAGACCCCAAGACAACCAUUGUGUUGAAGCACAUUCCUCCCUGCGGAUUCCUGUACUAUAAACAGCUGCAAUCUCUCUUCAGACAGUGUGGGCAGGUCAAGUCCAUCGUAUUUGAUGGUGCGAAAGCCUUUGUGGAGUUUUCCCGGAAUCCGACAGAGAGAUUUAAGACCCUUCCUGCAGUGUACAUGGCAGUGAAGAUGGCCCAGCUGAAAAUGUCCCUGGAGCUCAGUGUCCAUGCUGCUGAGGACAUAGAAGGGAAGGUGCAAGGAGGGGUGGUGUCGAAGCUCAGGAACACGAGAGUGAAUGUAGACUUCCAGAAGCAGACAGUGGAUCCUAUGCAAGUCUCAUUCAACACCAUGGACAGGUCCCAGACAGUUACAGAUCUCCUCUUGACCAUCGAUGUUACAGAGGUGGUAGAGGUGGGACACUUCUGGGGUUACAGGACUGAUGAAAGGAAUGUAGAGCUUCUGCAGAAGCUGACUGCUGAAAUCAACAGGCUGGAGCUGGUGCCGCUGCCAGUCCACCCACACCCCGACAUGGUCUGUCUGGCACCUUUCAUGGAGUUUGAUAAGAAAAGCUACUUCAGAGCUCAAAUCCUUUAUGUUUCGGGAAAUUCUGCUGAGGUGUUCUUUGUUGACUAUGGUAAUAGGUCUCACGUAGACCUCGAUCUCUUAAUGGAGAUUCCCUGUCAGUUUCUUGAGCUUCCAUUCCAGGCACUGGAGUUCAAGAUUUGCAAAAUGCGGCCCUCGGCCAGGUCUCUGGUGUGUGGUAAGCACUGGAGCCGCAAGGCCGGCAAGCGGUUUGUCUCGCUGGUGCGCAGAUGCGCUCUCUUGGUGAAGGUCUUCUCGGUCGUGCAUAGCGUCCUGCACGUGGACGUGUACUGCUGCUUGGGAACACUGGGCACCAUCAACAUCAGAGACAUUCUCAUCAGCGAGGGCCACGCCGAGCUGGCAGAGGAGUCCUACGAGUCCAAACAAAGCCAUGAAGUUCUCAAGGGCCUCUUUUCCAAAUCAGUAGAAAACGUGGUGGCUGGAUCUGUGCCUUCUCCCGUGAAGGAGGAUGAGAAGCGUCUGAUUCAGAUCUUGCUGGAGAGUUUCUCCUCCAAUAGGCUGGGUGCCCCGAACUGCAAGACCAUACUCCAUGGGCCUUUUAACCCUUAUGAACUGAAGUGUCAUAGUUUGACCAGAAUAUCCAAAUUCAGGUGUGUCUGGAUUGACAAGGAAAGCAUCAACUCGGUCAUCAUCAGUGACACCCCUGCAGACGUGCACCAGAGGAUGCUGGUUGCAGCCUCACUGUCGGUGAAUGCAACUGGGUCAGCCAUGCUGCUGAGGGAGACCUCCCUGAUGCCUCCCAUCCCGGGCCUGCCCGCGCUCCUCAGCAUGCUGUUCGCACCAGUGAUGGAGUUAAGGCUCGAUCAGGAAGGAAGAUGCUACACAGGCGUCCUCUGUGGUCUGGGCUGGAACCCAGGGACAGCGGCUCCUGUCCUCCCGGAGCACGACAUGGAGCUGGCGUUCGACGUGCGGUUUGGCGUGGAGGAUGUCACUGAGAUUAAUAUUCUCAGGACUGCUAUCAAUAAGCUAGUGUGUGAUGGGCCAAACGGAUCAAAGUAUCUGGGGCCAGAAAGAAUCGUGCAGUUACAGGACAGUGCUCGGCAGAAGCUUCUGAGUUUGUUCUGUCAGAUGAAACCUAGAGAGAAAGUGAUCCCUAAGUGGCAUGAAAAACCCUACGAGUGGAACCAGGUUCACCCCAAGCUGGUCAUGGAGCAGGCUGACUGGAAGGGACGCCAAGGGAAGAAUACCUUUCUCUACCAGCUCCACAAGCUGGUUGUGCUCAGCCCCUGACAUGGCCGCUCAAGUGGAGUCUCCCUGGGGGAGAUGUGGAGGCCGCCAGAGCCUCAGUCUCAACACUGGCACCGUGCCGCACACCCUUCUCCUGGGGCAGGGCGUGGAGCUCUGUGAGUGGAGGGUGGAAAGAAAACCACUGCCUGCAGUGUGCUGGAGGAAUUGCUCUGAAAGCAGCCCUGG